UGCGCUCCAGGGGCACGUGUACCCAGUCACGCUCAAGAGAGCAAGGAAACCUCAUUCUCUCUUCCGAUGCUCAUCUUGUGGUUUAUAUGGCAAUGGAUUCUGCUACUCAGAGCUUACUCGAUCGAUUCUCGAAGAUCUAUGCGAAGGCCGUUCGCCGCUGGUUUGCAUUGAUCGCUUCAGAAAUUACUGCACGGACACUUCUGGAAACUGCAGUUGUAGCUUGGAUUUUGCCAAAGGAAAGGAAAUUCUCACUCUACAGAGGGAACAAAACAUACGGAGGCUGGAUAUCUUGCUAAGAGUGCUACUUAUUGUUCAGCAGCUUCUGCAAGAAAAUAGACAUGGUUCAAAAAGAGAUAUAUAUUACAUGCAUCCUUCUGUUUUCAAAGAACAGUCAGUUGUUGACCGGGCGAUUAAUGACAUUUGCAUCCUUCUGCAGUGCAGUCGCCACAACCUAAAUGUGGUAUCUGUUGGAAAAGGGUGGGUACCUACUCAAGAUCACACUGGUUUUGUGGAAGAUGAUACUAUAUUUGUACCACCACUUGCUUCAAGUGAUAUUUCAAAGUUUACUUGGGGCUCGGGGGGUAAUGUGAAGAAAGAAUUGGUGAUGGGUUGGCUGAGAUUCUUCGAAGGUGGAAGGAAAUUUGAUUGCAUAAAUGUUCCUAACACUGCACAUCCUGUUCCUGUGCAAGUAGAAGUAGUCAACAAUAUAGUUAGUGUUGCUCAGUACAUACUAGUUGUGGAGAAAGAAUCAGUGUUUCAGAGAUUAGCAAAUGAUCACUUUUGCAAAAGAAACCGAUGUAUUGUCGUCACAGGAAGAGGCUAUCCUGAUGUUCCGACAAGAAGAUUUUUGCGUCUCCUCGUUGAAAAGCUGGGUCUGCCUACCUAUUGCUUGGUAGAUUGUGAUCCAUAUGGAUUUGAUAUCUUAACUACAUACCGUUUUGGUUCUAUGCAAAUGGCCUACGAUGCAGAAUUUCUCCGUGUCCCAGGGAUUCGCUGGAUUGGAGCUUUCCCACAGGAUUGUGAAAGAUACCAUCUUCCACAACAGUGUCUCCUUCCUUUAACAGCUGAAGAUAAGACGAGAAUUGAAGCAAUGUUACACCGAUGUUACUUGCAACGAGAAGUAUCUCACUGGAGGUUGGAGCUUGAGCUGCUGCUUCAAAGAGGGGUCAAAUUCGAGAUAGAAGCGUUGUCGGUACACUCAAUCUCCUUCUUGUCAGAAGAGUAUGUACCAUCUAAGAUUCAAGGGUUGUCUUUUGAAAGUGGAUGUCCAUUGCCAGGCUUGCAAGAUGAAGAUGUUGGAAGUGCUGGGUUCAAUCUCUGGAGUUUAUUCUGUCACCAUAGAUGCACAAGCAGGGACGGCAAAAGUUUCGGGUGAGGUUGACCCGAACCUGCUUCUUAGGGCCUUAGCAAGAUCCGGAAGACAUGCAGAACUCAUAUGGGUCAAGCUCAAUCACCCAGUACUGAAUAGCUCUAAUUAUGACAAUGGAUACAGUCCGUAUGGCUCGUAUGAACCGUACAACUACGGUGCCAAUGGCUCAUAUGGCUAUGGUGCCAUAGAUGAACCCUACAGGUACAGAAGGGCUUUGCAGGAACAUUCAUAUUACGAUACACACCAACAAUACUAUUACUACCCGAUGAGAAGGGCAGUUUGGGAAUAUCCUACUUCCAGCACAACCAUUCCCUACGGCUACGGCUCGCCGCAACGGGCUAGGUAUGUCCCGGGAUAUCCACCACCGGUGUAUGAUUCUUACGAAGAUGAACCCAUCAACUUUUGCUCCGUUUUGUGAUCUACAAAAGGCAUGCAUGGCUUGUUUUUUGGUUUCUUGACUAGCAAGAAAACUAAUAGUCUUAGAAUUAAGCACGUGGUCUAAUUUGGACUUGCAACUUUGUUAUGAUAUUCCUAAGGUGGAAGAUUAGGGUUUUAAUACUGAACUUUUGAGUAUUCCUUCAAGUUUUCUUUUCUUCUCAUUGAAUGUAAUGAACUUAAGUAGCAUGUAUGGCUACUUGGCCAACUGAGAUUAAU